CGGGCCGCCCACUGGUAGCCGCGGGAGUGCCGCUGCCUCGUCCCGCCCCUGCCUUUGAGUGACAGCACCGUGGACAGCACCGUUCCCAGCAGGACAAGAAGUUGGCGGGCCCUUUUCUUGGCUGCGCUGAGUAAGAAAAAAGAGCAACCAAGAACAUUAUAUUGGUAUCUGGAACUGCAGGUUGCCAAGAAUGCGAGCACCGCUUCCUCCGUGAAGCUCUUGCCUUGGAAGCGUCUUCCCCUUGGCAGGCCUCCGGAGUUCAGACUUGGCAGCAGCCAGGACACGGCACAAGCAGGCAUUUUGGAGAUCAAAGAUGGGUAGAAAAGAUGCCUCUACUGUAAAGCUUCCUGUCGAUCAGUACAGAAAGCAAAUUGGUAAACAGGAUUACAAGAAAACCAAACCUAUUUUACGAGCAACCAAAUUAAAAGCAGAAGCAAAGAAAACAGCAAUUGGCAUAAAGGAGGUUGGUCUUGUUCUUGCAGCUAUCUUGGCUCUCCUUCUGGCUUUCUAUGCUUUCUUCUACCUCAGACUCUCCGCACGUGUUGCCCCUGAUCUGGGCCCAGCAGAAGAUUGACAGCACGGCAACAAACAUGAAAGGAAAAUCCUUUUUUUUAAAAUCACCUCUUGGGACCAGAACUUUCUGAAGUAUUGAGACUGAAGCAUCUUGAAUUCUUUCUACGGCUCUUUGCAGUUUGCAAAAAUAUAUUUUUAAAUAGUUGUGCACCAUAUCAAGAAAGAAUCUUACCUGGCAAUGUGGGAUUACAUGUAUUAUCAGAUACUUUGAUAAGGUUUUUUUUUUUUUGGACUUUGAGUGGCAUCCUAUUUAUAGCACAUUUAAAUAAAAUAAAAAACACAUCCUAAAUUCUUCCCAUGGGUUAGCCAAUUCACUUGUGUAACUCCCUCACAGAUUACUAAAUCUAGUUUUGCUUCGUAUACAUGAGAAAUAAAAGUAUAUGUUCUCAUUUACAAAAACAUACUCAAAUCAUAUUCAGAACCGAAGAAGGAAUGAAAAGUCAUGAGAAAUUUUUUUUCGUUUUUCAAAGAAAGCUUGUUUUCUUUCCAGACGUAUUUUAUGUCAUUAGAGAUACUAUCUGCAUAUACAUCUACAGUAAUCUUUUUCCUUCUUGCCACCUGUUCAGUGCACAUGUGCUCCAUCAGAAAUGGCACCUGGAUGACAGAAGCUCAAAGAGUCACAUAUGUCUUGAAAAUAGAGUUCCUUUCCUCUUGGGCUGUCUAAACUGGAGAAAACAGAAAGUUCAGUUGAUCUUGAUUUUAAUUAACUUAUUACUCUAUUAAUAUAAACUUGGAAUUCUGUUUUAAUUAUGUUGUUCAGGCUGCUUACAGUAUCAGUUUGCUCCACUUGUUACGGAGUUGUGGGCAAUCUGUCACUUCAUUGUGCAAAUUUUUUCAUAUCACAGUAAUAGCCAGAGCCCUAACCUAAAAAUCACUUAUGGGUUGGGUUGUCACUUAAAAUUGAACAAUACAAAGUUGUUGAACAAAAUUAAAUUUUGUGUCUUGAGAGUUAAUCAAUUAGUGUUCUUUCAUGGAAAACAAUACAAGAAAAUAUAUGCCUCAUCUUAUUCAAAUGUGAAGUUUUCUAUACAGUUUUUCAAGGCAUUGAAUUUGUCAGAGCAUAAUAAUCAAUUUGUUCAUUUUUAACUUGGAAUUGAAUUUUAAGAUAUUUUUUAAAGCACAGGAACAUAGAAAAUGCGAAAAUGUGCCCACAAAUAGCAGUAGCAGAAUUGUUAGCUAGGACUUUAUAUAAAGAUGUAUAAAUAAUAAGCACAGUGAUUUUUAAUAUAUACAUAUAUUAUCUAUAGAAAGUAAAUAAAUGUUAACUUCAUUUCUGUACUGCCCAAGGGAAGAAAGGUUUUUAUAUAUGCCCUAGAUAUUCUGUGGUGUUUUUGCAAAUAGUUGCAUAUGAAUGUGUAGCAUUAUGUUCUGUAAGAAUGUAUUCAAGAAGCACAAUUUUUUCUCCUCAGUGUGAAAACAACCGAAAGUUCCAAUAGCCUCACAGAUAAUUAUGCCAAACAUCUUGAGCAAAAUUUAACCAGUGUUAUUUACUGGAUUCUUCCCUUUUGAAGUCACAAACUCAAGAAGCGGAGCAAGACUUCUUAUAUACUCACCACAGUAGACCAAUCCAAGUGGCAUUUUUAGGAAAGGUUGCAGCAUUUAAUGCCAUGUGGUAUGUCUGUUCGAGAAGUGGAAGGCAAGGGAAUAUCCAAGCUGGCAUUUUGGAUAUGAUGGGCCUUUUACUUCCCUGAGUGACGUGCCACAUGUCAAGAAAUACUGCCUUCCCCAUUCCUAUCACAUGGACGUGAACAAUUUUUCACUUAGUUAUUUCCCCUCCCAUAUGGUGUUAAAAAUAGUCAUCUUAAAUAAAGAUUAUUUCUAAUUUCAAUGGUAAUUUGAAUGAGAGGAUAUCUAAUCAUUGUUUAUCAGAUACCUACCUAAAUGAGAUAUAAAAAUAUAUUCAGUAUUUAAAAUAGAUAAUUAUACUGCUGGAAAUAUUUGAAAAUUUGUUGCCAUUAUAUUCUACUGUUUAGUUGUUAUUUAGAGAAUAAAAUGUUUCUGAUAGUAAGAAAUAUUACUCUCAUAUUUCAAAAUAGGGUACAGUUCCAGGCAAGUCUAAUUUCAUAGUUUUAUUAAUAUUGAGACUAUGGCUAAUCCCUUUUUUCUGACUGAUUGGCUUGAGCGGCUCCGAGAGUCACAAGGACCACAGGCGACAUUCUGAUGUUGACAAACAGCAGGUAAAGUGACAAUACAUGUUUACACAAUACUGUUUUCAUAAAGCACAAACUUUCAAACUCAACAUUAACUGGGAAUCAGCCAAUCUUUGCUUGGGAAUCACAGAUUGAAGCAUGAGUUGAAUUUCUGAUGAUAGAAAGGUAUUUCAUAAGCUACCAUUUGAACGGUGAGUGAUGUUGGCACAAAAUCUGAGAGAUGCACAACACAUAAAUUUUUAAGGAUGGGUCUUUUUCCCUCUGAAAAUUCACUGCUUAGAGUAGUUCAGAAGACAAAAACAGAAAUUUAAUCAAGAUUUUCAGAAUGUUAGAAUCUAGUCAAAGUUAACAGAGAUGGCAAAACAAGGUUUAAUUAUUGCUUGCAGCAGACUUAACAUGCAGCCAACGGAAUGCUGUGAAAACUUGAAGAGUUGAUGGUUCUUGUUGCAACAAAAUAAAAGAACAUAUAUAAAUUAAUUGUAGAAGAUUAUUUUAAAAUAUAACUGCAUCUAGGAUUUUUUUAAACAAUAAAGCUUUUCUUAGUGUCAGUUUAUUAUUUAAAGGUGAGAAAAUAUUUGAAGUUUAUUUAUGUUUUCAUAAAAAUAGUUAAAAAUAGCACCAACCAAUGAGUCUAACAUUUUAAGAGUAUUUCUUAUUAAUUCCUGUCAUUUAAAUUGCAUCAUUAUCUGCACACACUUAAUAAUGUGUUAAAACUUAAGUUAAUCUCUUUAGUCCUUUCAGAGUUUCCCAUAGUUUAUGUAUGUCAUGAUGUCAAAAAUUGUUUGCAUUUAAUAAAUAAACUUUUAAAAUCACGGUAUUGAUCACCUCUUAGCAUUAAGUGUUAAUGACCAUUGGUUAUCUGGGGACAUACACAUAUUUCAGACUCAUUCUCGUUAAGUCCAUGAUAGCUAACAUUAAGCUUACUAUAAAACAAAAACAU